GCUGUGCGCCGCGGCGGCGCGGCCGCGGCCGGUCGCGCGCCGCCCGGCGGCGGCGGCCGCGCCGGAGAGCGCGGUGGUGCUGAGCUCUGGGGAGGGCUCCGCGUGCGCUGGGCCCGGGGCGAGCUGCCAGGACUCCAAGUGCUGCCUGGACGGCGGGGCCGCCGGGUACCAGUGCUUCGCGAAGAACGACGACUGGGCACAGUGCUUAGAGAGCUGCGAGAAGGGGCCGCACGAAGACGAGACCGACGGCGAGUACGACCAGUACGGCAACUUCAAGAAGUUCGAGUGGGGCUGCAAGAAGCUCGGCGAGCGCUCCAAGAAGGGGUGCGACUCGAUUGGCAACAAGACGGAGUGCUCGGCCGAGAGCGAGCGCUGCACCUGGGGCUCGAAAGGCGGCAAGGACGCCUGCCUGAUCACGUGCGCAGUGCUACCAGCGGAUGACGCUUGCUCGUCACAGGAUCAUUGCAUGGUGCACGACGGCAAGUGCCAGCCAUCCUGCGACGCCUAUGGCAAGGAGCAGAAGUGCCCGACGGAGCGAUGCAUGUGGGGUGGAGACCAGUGCAUGACGGCCUGCUGGGCAAUUCACGACCAAAGCACUUGCGAAGGCGCGAUGUGGGAUCCACGCGGCUGCAUCUGGCAGGGCGGCCAGUGCCUGAAGGACCCCUGCUCUGGCGGGGACGAGAACUGCCUGGACACCAGCUGCUGCAGCUCGGCGCGCGGUGGCAUGGGCAAGACGUGCUUCAGGAAGGACAAGUACUACGGCAAGUGCAUGGAGCUGUGCGAGAAGGCCGACGACACCGAGGGCUGGGACUGCGAGGCCCUCGGCAACCGCACCCGGUUCGAGAGCGGCUGCGCCUUCAUCGGGCACAGCUGCGCCGACACCGGCCUCUGCUGCUCUCCCGGGUCCGCGUGCGUCGUGAAGGACGAGCAUUUCACGGGUUGCAUCCAGACCCAGAUCAUCUCGACCUGGAGCGCGCAGUCGGUGCCGAUCCCGAGCGACUGGGAGGGCACGACCAUCGGAGGCAGCCGAGACGAGUACCAGAUGCAGGCCGCGGGCGAGGGCGAAGACAAGGCCGACGCGACCUUGUUCUGCUUCAUGGCCUACCUGCCGGACUCGGGGGAGGUGCCCUUGAGGGAUGUCGCGAAGGAGCUCGGGGCGAGCAUCUACGGCUGUGACGGCUACGCGGAGUUCGAAUCUUGGGGAUCGGGAAAGAAGGUGUGGGACACAGGCGAUGGUGGCGCAUCGAUCACGAACACAGAUGUAUUCCUCAACGUCUGGCAGCAGGUGCAGCAGCACGGGGGCUACAUGAAGGCGGAUUGGACAGUCAAGGUUGACCCCGAUGCCGUGAUGGUGGCUGACCGACUGAAGAGCCACAUCUACGGCUUGAACGCGAAGAAGGACGUGCCCAUCUACUUGAAAAACAACAACAUGGACCCGGGCCUCGGGAACAACGGAUUCCUCGGCGCCAUCGAGGUUUUCUCAAAGAGGGCCCUGCAGAUCUAUUUUGACAAUUGGGAAGGGUGCAAGGAGGCCUACGGCCUCGACAGCGGAGAGGACGGCUUCAUGAAGGGCUGCAUGGACGCACUGGGCGUGGGCUUCAUGACAGACGGCGACAUGUUCGAUCCCGACUUCUCCCCGGGUGCCUGUGCCCACGCGGAACGUGCGGCGUUCCAUCCGCUGAAGGAGGCGUCGCAGUGGCGGUGCUGCUGGGACAUCAUCCAGGGCAAGACGCGGGACGUGAAGUACGGCAAGUGCGACAUGGGGCCCGACGGCCGCAGCCCCCCGGAGCCGGAGUACGGGGGCACGGCGCGGUGAGCUCCUGCGCGGCGCUCGUCCGGGCCUCCUGUCGAGCAGUUGCGAGGCGUCUCGGCUUGCCCAUAGGCCUUCUCAGCUUGGACCCCGAGGUUUUCCUGCGGCCGAGAAUACAUCGCUCGAGGAAGAGGAAGCAACGUGAGCGUACUCCAUAAUUGUUCGAGGGCGUGCGCGGCUCUUUUGGGUCUGCGCUGGGGCCCCCCCUGACGGCGCCUCUGGCGCCGCCCCACGGCGCGCGCUCGCGCGCCAGGAGGGGGGGGCCGCCGGCGCCGAUCGGGGAGCUCCGCGCGAGUCAUGGGGC